AUGUGCGUCUUCGAGGAGCAAUCCCCGAGCCACCACGAUAACUCCCGAACGAGGAACCCAACUCCCGAACACCGAGAGGCUACACCCCAUGGAAGGAUAGCAAGCGUGAUUUGCCAGACUACCCCACCGCAAAACAAGGAAAACGGCCCCGAAACACGAGCCCCCGAAAACCUGGGAGGAAAGGCAGCCCAGAUAAUCCAAGAUCUUUGCCUCCAGGUACAAGAACUCGAAGGACGAGUUGCAACUAAGGAAAAUCACCACGCCGAAAAUGGAAGCCACGCGACUUCCAGAUCAAGAUCUCGUCAUGAAACCGGACACGGCAGGUCGCCCGAGCGGCGACAUGGCAAGAGGAACGAUCACAGUGUCUCCCGUGACCAGGGACACCAAUGCAACGUGAACGACGGAAGGCACGGCAAGUCACCCGAAUGGCAACAUGGCAAGAGGUACGAUCGUAGCGUCUCUUGCGACCAGAGUCAUCGACACGACACGGACGACGACUGA